CCAUAAAACCAGAGAAACCAUGAAUGCAGAUCCAAGCUGUUGAGGAACACAACAUAUAUCAGAAUUUCACAGCGGGAUAUUAGAUCGUUAGAGUGAAGACAUAUCAGCCUUAAACCGGAACCAUUCUCUGGUACCAUUUGGACAAGACACCGUGGACAAGAAAUCAGUUGUGCGGUGGAUCAUGGAAAUCAAAGAGGAAGGCACUUCAGAAGAAGGCCAGCAUUUUCUUCCUACAGCUCAGGCAAAUGACCCUGAGGACAUUCAGUUCACAAGUAUACAGAAGAUCCCCAAUGAACCGCAGCUGGAAUUCAUUCUUGCGUGCAAGGAUCUUGUGGCGCCCGUCUGUGAUCGGAAACUGAACACAGUAGUGCAGAUCUCGGUCAUCCAUCCGGUGGAGCAGACCCUGACGAGGUACUCCAGCACGGAGAUUGUGGAGGGAACAAAAGACCCACUGUUCUUGACGGGUGUCACAUUCCCAUCCGAGUACCCCAUCUAUGAAGAGACUAGAAUAAAACUGACAGUCUAUGAUGUCAAGGAUAAGUCUCACGACACUAUUCGAACCAGUGUCCUUCCGGAGCACAAGGAUCCCCCUCCAGAAGUUGGGAGGAGUUUCCUGGGCUGUGCCAGUUUUCAAGUUGGGGAACUGCUGAGGUCCAAGGAGCAGCUGCUGUCGCUGAGCCUGAGAACCUCAGAUGGUGGCAAAGCAGUUGGCACCAUAGAAGUCAGCCCCGUGAAGAUGGGGGAGAUUGAAGAUGGGGAUACCGACCACAUCACAACAGAUGCGCAGGGACAAAAGUGUGCACUAGCGUAUGAAUGUACAGCAGCAGAAAGUGGGAGCGGGAAGGACAACUCACCUUUUUUAAAUGCAGUGUUAAGGAACCCUGUGUGUAAGCUCUAUAGAUUCCCCACAGCCGACAACAAGUGGAUGCGAAUCCGUGAGCAGAUGUCGGAAAGCGUUCUUUCCUUUCAUAUCCCGAAGGAGCUGAUUGCCCUGAACAUAAAAGAAGACUUGUGUAGAAACCAGGAGUUGAAAGAGCUUGGUGACCUGUCUCCACACUGGGACAACCUACGGAAAAAUGUCCUUACUCACUGUGAUCAAAUGGUGACAAUGUACCAAGACAUUCUGACAGAACUUAGCAAGGAAACAGGGUCCUCUUUCAAAUCCAGCAGCAGCAAAGGAGAGAAAACGUUAGAAUUUGUUCCAAUAAAUCUACACUUGCAGCGGAUGCAAGUGCACGGCCCUCACCUCAAAGAUGCUCUCUAUGAUGUCAUCACUGUGGGAGCCCCAGCUGCCCAUUUUCAGGGAUUCAAGAAUGGUGGUCUUCGGAAAUUACUCCAUAGAUUUGAGACAGAGAGAAGGAACACCGGAUACCAGUUUAUUUACUAUUCACCUGAAAACACAGCCAAGGCAAAGGAGGUGCUCAGCCACAUCAGUCAGCUGCAGCCUCUCAUAGCAACCCACGCCGACCUGCUGCUCAGCUCCGCCAGCCAGCGCUCUCCAGACAGCUUGAGGAGUUCUUUAAAGAUGCUCUCAGAAAAAACUGAGCUUUUUGUACACGCCUUCAAGGAUCAGCUGGUCAGGAGCGCUCUUUUAGCUCUCUACACGGCAAGGCCAGGAGGCAUCCUUAAGAAGCCACCCUCUCCUAAGGACAGCACAGAGGACACUUGUCCCCUGGAUGAGCCCCCUCAGCUGAGAAGACAAGACUCCAUACCACAUCACUCUGACUAUGACGAAGAAGAGUGGGAUCGGGUGUGGGCCAACGUGGGGAAGAGCCUCAACUGCAUUAUUGCUACUGUGGACAAACUGAUUGAGAAAGACGGUCAUAACGGAGGUGGUCCCGGAGGUGGUCCCGGAGGCAGCAGUGGUCAAGAUGGAGACACGGAGCCUUCCCUAGAGAAUUCCAUCACAUCUCACCCAAAGGAGGACUGGUAUGAACAGCUACAGCCCCUCAUCCUCACCCUGAAGGAGUGCAUGGGAGAAGUGGUGAGCCGAGCCAAGCAGUCCCUGACGUUUGUGCUGCUUCAAGAGCUAGCCUACAGCCUGCCCCAGUGCCUGAUGCUGACGCUGAGAAGGGACAUCGUCUUCAGUCAGGCGCUUGCUGGAUUGGUGUGUGGUUUUAUCAUCAAGUUACAUACAAGUCUGCACGACCCCAACUUCCUCCAGCAGCUUCACACAGUGGGCUUGAUUGCGCAAUAUGAAGGACUGCUAAGUACCUAUAGUGAUGAAAUCGGAAUGCUAGAGGACAUGGCUGUCGGCAUUUCAGAUUUGAGGAAAGUUGCAUUUAAAAUAACUGAAGCCAAGUCUAGUGAUGACCUGCCUGUUCUCACAGGAAGGCGUGAGCACUAUGUGGUAGAGGUCAGGCUCCCGGCUGCCAUGUUUGAGUCCCUCCCUCUGCAGAUUAAAGAAGGCCAGCUGCUCCGUGUCUAUCCCGUUCUGUUUAAUGUUGGAAUCAACGAACAGCAGACUCUGGCUGAGAGGUUUGGAGAUGUUUCUUUGCAAGAAAGUAUUAAUCAAGAAAACUUUGAACUUGUUCAAGAAUAUUAUUCGAUAUUUACAGAAAAGAUGCCACCUGAUUAUAUUUCACAUUUUCAAGAACAAAAUGAUUUAAAAGGAUUGUUGGACAAUCUCCAUCAAAAUAUUCAAGCCAAAAAAAGAAAGAAUGUAGAGAUCAUGUGGCUGGCAGCAACAAUUUGUCGCAAACUCAACGGCAUCCGCUUCACCUGCUGUAAAAGCGCCAAAGACAGGACCUCAAUGUCAGUGACACUGGAGCAGUGCUCCAUCCUGAGGGACGAGCACCAGCUGCACAAGGACUUUUUCAUCCGAGCGCUGGACUGUAUGAGAAGAGAAGGAUGCCGCAUAGAGAACGUACUGAAGAAUAUCAAAUGCAGAAGGUAUGCUUUCAACAUGCUACAGCUGCUGGCUUUCCCCAAGUGCUACCGACCUCCAGAAGGCACUUACGGAAAAGCUGACACCUAACUUUCCCAGCAUGGAAAAAACAGGAAUUCAGAUACAUUGCGGUUAGAAGAUCUACACCUCUGCCUUUUUUGUUUUUUAAUGUUAUGAGUUUUUGGAGCGAGGUACUUAUGGGUGUUGUUCAUAUCCAAGCCAAUACAUCACUCAGAAAGUGACCCAGCACCACUAUGUUCAGCCCGUCUGUUCUCUUCUGUGUUAACUCUUACUGGUUGAGGUUAGUUCAGAAACUUUAAGGAACUAAAAGUGCAAAAAAAAAUUAAGAAUAGUGUCUGCUCGUGCUCAAAUAAAGAUCCUCAGCAGCUUGAAUUUCAUUUGGAGAAAUCCAGAGAUGCGAGAGACAUAUGUAUUGAGAUGUUCCCUGGCAGUGCUCUUAGUGUGUGAGUUUGCAGUCUACCAUAGGUCAAUAUAUGUGGAGUGGAGAGCCUAUAACACACAUGAGUCAAACAGUGAUAAAUGUACACAGUAAUUUUCAGUUAAUUGGGAUUUCAGAUCCUACCUUAUGGUAAGAUAACACUCUAUGUAAAACUACUAACAUUCCAAGUUACUGGUUUCCUUAGAGACCAACCACAUUGAAUAAGAUUAUCAUUCAAAAAAUGAGUAAAUCAAGGCAGGUUGCUCGGUUAGAUGACUUCAGAAGAACAAUUACAGCCACCCUUAUAUCUAUCUCUUUGAAACUCCCUAACCUGCCACUCCUGUCUUCUGCAGAUCGCUACACUAGCUAUACAUGACCCUUCACAGAGAGAGUCAAAUAGAAAUAGGAUUUAUCACUGAAAUGCACACUUAAAGUACAGCGAUCUGAAAGAAAAUCUGUAUUCUUCACAUUCUCGCCAGUGGGAAGACUAGUGCAAGCCUGUGUCUCCUCUGAGGCCACCAGAGAUUUCCAUCGCAGACACUCUGCUGUCACCUCAUCCAAAGCUUUACUUUAUGUCUUCACAGGUGCCAUGAUAGGUGUUUGCCUAAGAUGCUUCCUGUGCAGGCUUAUCAGAUAGCCCUCCAGUCCUGUGUUGAGUAUUUCAAAAGUCUGAGAAUAGAUGAUAACCCCCUGAGGCUUCCACAUGGGAUUAUCCAUUUUUUUAUUUUAGCUAAUGGCUUAUGGCUUUUGCCAAAGCAAUUACCAAACUGUUUGUAGCCUUUAAAAAUGAAAAAAAAAAUGCAUCUAAAUAGGGAAAUAGUUAUCUAAUUUUCUGAGAGCUAGUCUCCAUUUCAGUGAUUUAAUGUAAUCUUUUAACUGUUUGAUUUUUAGCUAGGUGGUAGGAUUUGUGGCUAUUCUCAUUACUGUACUGAGUUUAAGAGAGUUGUGAUGACAGGGGUUUGUCUAGCUCUGAGCUGUUCUUAGUAUUUUAAGUGGUGAUAUUCAUCCCAGGACAUUUUUAGCACAGAAAUGUUUUAUAAACAAUAAUUGUUUCUAUAGUUUUAUAAAUUAACCAUCUUAACUAAAAUAUGCUAUUUAUUAACUGGAAAGCCAAUAGUAAGGUUUUCCAGUUUUGUAUGACAUUUUAUUAAGACAUAUUUUUCUUUGUCAACAAAUGCUAAUACAGAAAUAUCAAAGGUGGACCUGACUAUACUGCACCUGCAAAUGAACAUUUAUUCGUUGACAGCUUCGCCAUCAUUUCCUUUGGGAAUCUUAUGCCUCCUUUCUUAUUUCCUAAACAUGACUGCACUUCUCCAAAUGCACUCAGACAACCACUUCGUGACUUUCUGAAUCAAACCAAAAUGAAAUAUUUUAGAAUCUCCCUUGAACAAACUCAGGCACAGUCAUGGGGUUUUCUCAGCUCCGUCAUACUGUUCUACCCAUGUUCUCGCUGAAAAGCUGCACCGCCAGCACGUCUAGGGAAAGCACAUAUUUCUAAACAACACAGUCUUCUUUCUCAUAAAUAAGAAUUUCCAUACUAUCAUCAGAUGCGGGUAUCAAUUCUGGGUUGACUAUUAACAGAACCCUGGGAGAAACAUGUUAAAAGCACAAAAAUCAAAUCCACGAUUGUUAUCCAAAAGUCUAGAGUGUGCAUCUGUCUUCCAGACAGCUAAAUACACCCUCGAACUGUCUGACUGAACCAGGGUUAUUUUGUGUGUACCAGUUCACUAAAUUUCCACCUCUACUUUUCCUCCUAUGUAUUGCCGUGAGUUCACACACACUGUUUUUCUUCCUACGUACUGCCCUGAGUUCACCCACACACAGCUUUUCCUCCCUUGUAUUUCCGUGAGUUCACCCACACACCGCUUUUCCUCCAUCUAGACGCUGACACUGUGUUGUCUGGUAAUCCAGCAGGGCCCUGAUAACUGCAUGAGGUGCUGAUGAAUGAUGUAAAAUCUGCCCACUUCACAGUCAGGGAGAUUCUCCAUGUGGCCACUAGUCACUCACGGUGCUGCUGCUUCCCACAAGCGGAAGCCUUGAAGGCUGCCACUGACUGCAUGGCGCACCUACCCUUCCACGUGUUAAGUGGUUUUCGUAAAGUAGAACUCAGAAUGGUAAAAGGGAGGAAACGUGAUUUUUUUUCUAAUCAGAUCAAAUCCCUCCCUCUGCAGAGAUACUCUGCGAGAGACAUUUUCCCCGUUGUGCCCAGACUGGCACUAACGGAUGCAUGAGAAGUGGUCGUUGAGUUUUCAGGAAUGGUACAAAUUGGUUGCUGCACAGUGGCAUAGCUAUCUGUAAGUCAUUAAAUGAAUUUAUUAAAAGUAAAGAUGACAAUCAAAGCUUAGAGCUUCCUAGAUUUUUAAAAAUCAAAUUCUGCAGUUUAUCCCGCUUCUAAGUGUAGUUGGCUCAGGUGGUUCUGUGUGGUGGAAAUGCCGUAUUGAUAACGCACACCUGUGAAUCCCCUGGAUCCACAUUUAAGAACGCAGUGUUGGUAUCUGGAAAUCAGCCACUGCGGGAAUAUUUACAUCACAGAAACUGGCAAAUGCCAUAAACUAGGACAUUUACAUCUUGAAACACCAGCGGUUAAGCAUUUACCAACUAGUGCAUGGCUCUGAGUCACUACGACAGUGUCUCAGAAAAUAUCAGAUUAUUGAGGGGAGUUACAAUUAUUAGGAUGGUUUUAAAUGAAAGUAAUCUUUCGUCAGAUUAUUAUAAUUUUAUGUUUGAUGUUUUCAACUUAAGGAAACAGGCAUGACUAUACACUAGAGUGGAAACAUAUUUUUUUUCAUAAUCAGUUAUUAAAUUAGAGGGCGAGUUUAAAAACUAUCAGUUGUGUGCUGCUGGUGGCCUUUAGCAAGACAAGCUUAUUAUAACUAAUACUUCAGGGCUAAAGUCAGGAAGUGGGAAGUUAAUUAUAAUAUAACUAUAAUAUGUUUCAUCUCAAUAUCUAAGUGUAUGAUUAUGGCAUUGCUGACAGAAGAGUGGAAUCAUAUCACUAUAUUCAAUGUUUACUAAGUUGAUCACAGUUGAAUCCUAGACUGAUUAGAUAAAAUAAGCACUGACAAUAUGCUCACACCACCCAGAUAUAUGUAUUUGAUUUUCAAAUGACAUAUGAUUUUAGUUCAAUAGGAGGAACACAUUUUGUAAUCUUUUAUGAACUAAAUUAAUUUUGGGGAAGGUUCAAGGCAGGCUUUCUCUUUUCAACACACAUUUCAGAACCUUGUUUGAGACUCUGAUCAGCAAGGUGGAGGGAAGCAGGCAAAUUGGGCACAUCCCUGCUAUCUAGAAGCUGUAUAACAAUGUGCUCUACUCACAACUAAAAAAAAAAAAAAAAUGCAGUUUUCUAAAAACUUGCACAGUUGAUUGACAGGUUUAACAUCAAUUUAUAUUCAUCUAUCCCACUUCCAAUCUGUGUAAGCUAUGACCCAU